UGCAAAGUAAAAAUGACUUAUAUUUCGAGGUUAUAUAAGGAUAUACUUUAAAAAUGAAUUAAAUAAUUCAAUUUUAAAAUGGAAACUACAAUUAUUUAAAAAUGGGGCAUUAUUUUAUAGAUUUUUAUGAUUUACUUAACAUUAAAAAGACUGCAACGGAAUCGCAGAUAGAAAGUGCAUAUAGGGAGAAAAUUUUACUUUAUCAUCCUAAUAAAAAUCCUCAUAAUCCAAAUGCAGCAGUUACAUAUCGUCAAUUGUCAGAAGCCGUACGAACAUUAAAAAAUCCCAUUACUAGAUUAAUAUAUGAUAACAAAUUGAAACUACAAAAAGAAGAAUUACUGCGGGAGAAAUUACGACGUAAAAAAAUACGACAGGAAUGGUUUCGGCAGCACAAAUUACGAGAGCAACGGUUCGGAGAGGAGCUAAGACGACUGGAGAGAUUACAAACAGAGCAGUUAUUACAAGAACAGGCAGAACUAUUAGUACUUAAAAAAUUUUUAAGAGAUUCUAAUAUAAUAGUAACAGAUCAUACUGUUAGACUAAUAAAUGAAGAAUUAUUGGAACUAAACCAACAGGCAAAAUUACGAUUUGAAAUAAUGCGAGAGAAUUGGGAAAUCGAGCAGUUAAGACGGAAACAGUCUCGGAAAAACCAACUUAAAACUCUGUUAAAAGCUUUUAAAUUGAUUUGUAUUUGUGGCAUUUUAAUUUUCGUAUUUUAUAAAUUCACGGAAAUUAAGAAAGUGGUAAACGCUUCUAUACAAAACUUGAAGCCUUACGUUUUUACUACUUUUAACUUUUUAUAUCAGCAACUGAUGUCAGUUCAGAAUUAUUUUUUUAAUCUUUAUAACUCAUCAUAUCAGCAACCAUUGACAGCUAAACAUCAGUCGUUUAGUUCCGCUCAACCGCCAGCUGAUAAUCAACCAUCAGCACACUUUAUAUAUCAGCAACUAAUUUCAGUUCAUAAUUAUUUUUUUAAAUCUCACAAUCCAGUUGUGAAUCAGCAUCGUUCUCUUAAUGAUGUUAAAGUACAAACCAACUUCAUAUACCAACAACUGACGUCACUUCAGUAUUAUUUUAAUAAUAUUUGCAAUUUUAUAUAUCAGCAACCGAUGACAGUUGAACAUGAUUCGUUUAAUGCCCCUCAACCGCCAACUGAUAAUCAACCAUCAGGAAACUUUUUAUAUCAGCAACUGAUUUCAGUUCAAAAUUAUUUUUUUAAUUCAUACAAUUCUUUAUACCAGAAAACGAAACCAGUUGUGAAUCAGCAUCGUUCUUUUAAUGAUGCUGAUGUUAAACUAACAACCAACUUUUUAUACCAACAACUGACGUCACUGCAGCAUUAUUUUAAUAAUAUUUACAACUUUUUAUACCAACAAAUAAUUUUUGUUCGAGAUUACAUUUUAAAUACUCUCAACUUAUCAUACCAGCAACCGAUGCCAGUUGAGCAACAUUCUGUUAAUGACGCUCAAUCCCGAACAGACUAUCCUCAGGUAAUGUCUGUUCAGGAUUAUUUUUUUAAGUCUUGGAGCUUUUUAUACCAAGGUCUAGCAUUAAUUCUUUCUUGCUUGUUUAAUAUUGGCGACAUUUUAUGUCAGAUACUGGGACCAGUGUUUACUUUUAUAAAACUUGUAAUUUUACUUGCAAUCUUAAUUGAAUUGCUUUUUUUACUUGUAAUCUUACUUUCAACUGUUUAUAACCUGUAA